CCCGCCGAGUCAUUUUAUUAUUUCCUCCUGUUAGUUAGUUUAGACGACAACGCGCGAUUAAAUGACAUUUUUCUUAUCCUAUUCUAUCAUUCCAUCUAUUUAUCAUUUUGUUCGUUGUAUUUGAAAAAAAAAAGACAACAAAAAUAAGAAAUGUCUACUACUCUUAUUCCUAUUAAUUUAACCUAAUUUUGUAUAUUUCUUUUUGUUCUUUCUAUCAUCAUCAUCCUUUUAUUCUUUGCAUCUUGUCUUAUCGGAUUUCGGUUCCUCCGUGCGCGCAUGUGGAAAAAACGAAGCACGAUAAGAAGGUGGGUCGGACAACUCAGAGAGAGAAUCCACGAUCGUGGGGGGUGGUGGUGAUGGUGGUGGUGAUGGUGGUGGUGGUGGAUGAUGAUUUUGGUCGAAGAGGAUGGUACGAGAAGAACCAGAAGGAGCGGGACAAAGAAACCAAGAACGUGUCGGUAGGGGUAUCCAGGAUUAUGUAUUUCGAGGAGAGAAAUACCGAUUGUAUGCGUUCUUGGCAAACCGCGUUAUCUAUCUUUCAUUGUGCAUACGAUUCUAUCGGUCGUGAAGAACGUCCUAGUCUCUGCUGUGGUAGUCACCUUUAACGUCACCAAACUAGUUCAAACGUAUAUACUUCCGUGUAAAUGGGACAAAUAUUUUUAACAAAGUAGUCUAUCCAUUAAUUUAUCCCUAAUUGUGCUUAUUUUUCGAUCACAAUUGUUGUUGUUAUUGUUAUUGCUACUGCUGAGAUAUGCGUGGUUUCAAAAGUUUAAAGAAGUACAAGAUCACUGGCAUAGGGUCAGUGACAAUGCGAGAAAAAAAAGGAGGUGCUCUUAGCAGAGUGCAGAAAUUAAAAAAACGACUUAGUCACAGUUUCGGUAGACUUUCUAUUUCUAAAGAAGAAGCUGACGAUGCUGCGAAUAGAGGUCAGCUGCCUUACAAUGGUUAUUCGGAGGAGUUCCUAGACCGUUUGGAACCAAACGGCAAUAUACCUGCGGAUAAAGAUCGACGAUAUGAAUGGACAGGUGUUGGUGACCAUGAAAGAGUGCAUCGACAGCUUUCAGUUUCUAGCGAUUCCAAGCUUUUAGAUGAAGAUAUAAGAGAGGAGGCAAGAGUGAUUUUACGGCCUCGGCGUCCACCACGGCCCAAGUCUGAAGUUUUUCUUGGGCCAGAUCCACCACCUCGGAGAACCAAAAGGUUUUCAGCAUUUGGGGGAGACUCUCCUUUUGGAAAAUCCGAAGCUUAUAUAAAAUUAGAACAGUUAGGAGAAGGAUCUUAUGCCACUGUGUUCAAAGGCUAUAGUCACCUCACGAAUCAGGUGGUGGCUCUUAAAGAAAUUAGACUGCAAGAAGAAGAAGGUGCUCCGUUUACUGCCAUUCGUGAGGCAAGCCUUCUUAAGGAAUUAAAGCAUAGUAACAUUGUGACUUUACACGACAUAAUUCACACUCGCGAGACUCUUACUUUUGUUUUUGAAUAUGUUCACACUGAUCUAUCACAAUACAUGGACAGAUAUGGUAAUGGAGGUCUGGAUCCUCGCAAUGUUAAGUUAUUUCUUUUUCAAUUGUUAAGAGGACUCGCAUACUGUCAUCGUAGGAGAGUGUUGCAUAGAGAUGUGAAACCUCAAAAUUUAUUAAUCAGUGAAAUAGGAGAACUUAAAUUAGCAGAUUUUGGUCUUGCUAGGGCGAAAUCUGUACCAUCGCACACAUAUUCGCAUGAGGUAGUGACAUUAUGGUAUAGGCCACCCGAUGUUCUAUUGGGUUCUACGGAAUAUUCAACCUCACUUGAUAUGUGGGGAGUAGGUUGCAUAUUCGUAGAGAUGUUGACUGGAGAACCAACAUUCCCUGGUGUACGGUGUACGUACGACCAACUUGAUAAAAUAUUUAAAGUUUUGGGCACACCUACCGAAGAAACUUGGCCAGGUGUAACUCAUCUCCCAGGAUAUAAACCAAACCAAUUGUCAUUUUAUCCAUCAAGAAAAUUGGGUCUUACAUUUCCAAGGCUUUAUGAUAUUACCGACGGUGAUAACAUGGCAUCAUCUCUCCUACAAUUGAAUCCUGAUCAACGCAUAGGUGCCGAAGAAGCUUUAAGACAUCCUUAUUUUGCCUCUCUUCCUAGAAAAUUAUAUGAAUUGCCUGACGAAGUGUCAAUAUUCAGCGUUGAAGGUUGCCACUUAUAUACAAAUUCGAGGCAUGGGUGCACAGACUCGCGUCUCACAUCUCUUAAAACUUGAGGUUUAAUAUAAAUGAAAGGCAAAUGACAAAUAAUGUUCACACGUCAGUGAAGACAUUCGUUCUCGUUUAUACAUGCGUUAAACUAUUGGCAUAUAUGCCAUGACUAUCCACCCAUGCACUAUUCAUAGGCGCGUUGUUCGCUCUCUCUCUUUCUUUCUUUCUUUCUUUCUUUCUCUUUCUCUUUCUCAUUCUUUCUUUCUCUCUCUCUCUCU